UAAACCAGGGGACCGAUUGGAGCAGUAGGGUUAGGGUUUUGCAUCUGGUGAGAACUAAAAGCUCGGCGGAUCGAUCAAUGGCGGACGAGAACACCAGAUCGAGAGGGACCGUGAGGUGGUUCGACGACCAGAAGGGCUACGGCUUCAUUCGCCCGGACGAUGGCGGCGAGGAUCUCUUCGUUCACCAAUCGGCGAUCAAAUCCGACGGCUUUCGCACCCUCUACGAAGGUCAGGUCGUCGAGUUCCUGAUCGCUUUGGAGAAUGAUCGCACUAAGGCCGUCGAUGUCACGGGGCCGGACGGAUCGUCACUUGAGAAGAGCAGGAGGGAAGGUUUCGGCGGAGGAAGGGGAGGCCGCAGUGGGGGUUACGGGUUUCGGAGUGGCGGAGGUGGAGGCGGAGGAUACGGGUUCAAUGGAGGCAAUGCAUAUCGUGGUGGCGCCGGUGGCGCGGGGUGCUACAGUUGUGGGGAGAGUGGGCACUUGGCGAGGGAUUGUCCCCGCCAGGGGAGUGCCGGUGGCGGAGGAGGCGGUGGGGCUUGCUACAAUUGCGGUGGUUAUGGGCAUUUGGCGAGAGACUGCAGUCGAGGCCGUGGCGGUGGCUCCGGCGGCGGCGGUGGCGGGGCGUGCUACAGCUGUGGAGGGCAAGGGCACAUGGCGAGGGACUGCCCAGGCGGCGGUGGUGGAGGCGGCGGCGGCGGCGGCGGUUUUGGUAGGUUCGGGAGCGGAGGUGGAGGCGGUGGUGGAAGCCAUUGCUACAACUGCGGUGAGCAAGGGCACUUCGCUAGGGAAUGCCCUAGCAACAACUCAGCGCCUUGACAACUCAUGGUGAUCUGAGAAAAGAGUAAUCUUACAGAUCUCUCUUUUUCUCGUCUUCUUUUGAUAUCUUUAUCUGCUAUUCCUGUCCAGGUGGUUAUACAUAGGAACCUUCUUUUAGAUAUUCUAUGGUUCUGGGUGUCUUUUUUCAUUUCAUAGCGAUCCACUGUUCAGCAGAAAAUUUUUCAGUUGGUAUACAUAUAUAGAUGGUGGUUCGGUUUAUGAUUUCGGUUUUGUUCAUUUUGGUAUCUUUGUUAAACUGGGGAUGAUCUUUGCAUCUCAGUAAAUGUUCUUCAACCUUUUAUUUGUGACCUAAUGGAUCAAUGUGCGUUUAAAUUUUAAA